UCGUGGAGAGACAGCCAGCCAGGGCCGAAUUUAAAUAUUAAGAAAAAAGGUAACCUUUAUAGUUUCUGUGAACUUGCCUUGUGAGUUCUGUUGACCUGCUAGGACACAAGUAAACACUCAAUCUGCUACUUUCCUCUGGGUUAAGUUGACUGUCAUGGAUUCCGAUUUCCGAGUGAUUGCGGCUGCAUUUUUCAUGCUGCUGCUUAUGGCUCCAGCGGUGUUUUCAUUGUCAAGUGACCGACUGGUUAGAGUUGAAUUGAGAAAGAGGAAAGUGGAUCCUGCAAACCGUAUUGCUGGAAGUGUAAAAUCGAUAGAAGGUCUUGGUUCGAGGAAUGACGGUCUUCCUGGUGAUUUUGGGCAUCCAGAUGCUGCUAUUGUUGAACUGAAAAACUAUUUGGAUGCUCAGUAUUAUGGUGAGAUUGGUAUUGGUACCCCGCCUCAAAAAUUUACAGUCAUUUUCGACACCGGGAGUUCUAAUCUGUGGGUGCCCUCUGCAAAGUGUUAUUUUUCAGUCGCAUGCCUUUUCCACCCCAAAUACAAGUCUAGCCAUUCAAGUACCUACAAGAAGAAUGGAAAAUCUGCUGAAAUCCAUUAUGGAACUGGAUCCAUCUCUGGCUUCUUUAGCCAAGAUAAUGUCAAAGUUGGUGAUCUUGUUGUUAAGGAACAGGAUUUUAUUGAGGCCACCAGAGAGCCAGGCGUCACAUUCUUGGCAGCUAAGUUUGAUGGCAUCCUUGGACUUGGAUUUCAAGAGAUAUCUGUUGGCAAUGCAGUUCCUGUUUGGUACUCUAUGGUUAAUCAAGGUCUUGUUAAAGAACCAGUUUUCUCAUUUUGGCUUAAUCGCAAUGCUGAAGAGGGUGAAGGGGGUGAACUUGUUUUUGGUGGGGUUGAUACGAAUCAUUUCAAGGGCAACCACACAUAUGUUCCUGUGUCUCAGAAAGGAUAUUGGCAGUUUGAUAUGGGCGAUGUCCUAGUUGGUGGUCAAUCCACUGAAUUUUGCUCUGGUGGUUGUUCAGCAAUUGCUGAUUCUGGAACCUCUUUGUUGGCUGGACCAACUACUGUGAUUACUCAAAUUAAUCAUGCAAUUGGAGCUUCAGGAGUCAUAAGCCAAGAAUGCAAGUCUGUCGUUUCCCAGUAUGGGAAGGAAAUUUUGGACUUGCUGUUGUCUGAGGCGCAACCUUUGAAAAUUUGCUCACAGAUUGGCUUGUGCUCUUCACGUGGUACUCAUGAUCGUAGUAUGAUAAUUGAAAGUGUCGUGGACAUGAACUCUGGAAAAUCGUCAAGUGGCCUGCAUGAUGAGAUGUGUACUUUCUGUGAGAUGACUGUUGUCUGGAUGCAAAGUCAGCUUAGUAGAAACCAGACGGAGGAUAAAAUUAUCGAUUACAUUAACGAGCUCUGUAACCGACUUCCUAGUCCAAUGGGGGAAUCAGCUGUUGACUGCAACAGUCUCUCAUCGAUGCCUUCUGUUACUUUUACACUUGGUGAUAAAACAUUUGACCUCUCAGCAGAUCAGUACGUCCUUAAAGUCGGUGAGGGUACAGCAGCUCAAUGCAUCAGUGGUUUUACAGCUCUAGCUCCUCCUCGUGGUCCUUUAUGGAUCUUGGGGGAUGUUUUUAUGGGUAAAUACCACACAGUAUUUGACUAUGGGAACAUGAGGGUGGGAUUUGCUGAAGCAGCAUGAGCAUGUCAUUGGACUUCUGUUUACAUUUUGCUUAAUCUGCAUGAUUGUCCCUUUUGCCAAUGUUUAUAUUUAAGUUACCCCCUUUAUGAGUUGCAAACGUGUGGGGAAGGCAGCCUUAUCUGUUGCACCAAAUUUGUACCGUUAAACUCUUUCCUGUAAAUAUGAAAAUACACAAAGCUCGCUAACUUGCAUGAUAAUAAUACAGCGAUUUUCACCAAAUAA